AGGGCGCCCUGCAGCUCAACGGAACUGGUGUCAAAUUUCGUCGAAGGCUGAAAUCUGACAUAAACAGGAAGAGAGUACGAGUUCUACUACUUCUCUAGUUUAUUUCUGUACUUUAAUGAGGACUGAGCGCUUGUAAGAGAUCAUGGGCAAGAGCUGCAAGGUGGUGGUGUGUGGUCAGGCAUCAGUGGGGAAAACUGCUGUUCUGGAGCAGCUGCUCUACGCCAACCAUGUUGUAGGUUCAGAGACCAUGGAGACACUGGAGGACAUUUACAUCGGGUCUGUGGAAACGGACCGCGGCACCCGAGAACAGGUGCGGUUUUACGACACGCGCGGGCUGCGUGAUGGUCAGGAGUUUCCGCGGCACUACUUCACUUUCGCCGACGGCUUCGUGCUCGUCUACAGCAUCGACAGCAAAGAGUCCUUCAAACGCGUAGAGGCUCUGAAGAAAGAGAUCGACCGCUGCCGUGAUAAAAAAGAGGUGACUAUUGUUGUUGUGGGUAAUAAGUUGGACCUGCAGGAUCAGAGGAGGGUGGACAGCGAGGCGGCUCAACAGUGGGCACGGCAGGAGAAGGUCAGGCUGUGGGAGGUCACUGUGACCGACAGACGAACGCUCAUCGAGCCCUUUGUCCAUCUGGCCAGCAAAAUGACCCAACCUCAGAGCAAAUCCACCUUCCCACUCAGCCGCAACAAGAACAAGGGCAGCGGCUCCCUGGACAGCUAGAGAUCGAGAAGAUGGCAACAGAGCUGACAGAGUAACAUAAAGAUAAGAUAUGUUAGAUGGGAGAUGUAAGGCAAAUCUCUAAAUAGUGACAUUUUUAUAUCGUUCAAAACAUUUGAACUUGGAGUGCCAUUAUAAGUUUAGCACACUGUAUGAAGUUACUGCAUUAAUGAAGUUUUAUAUUCAUAAACAUACAGGAUAGAAUCCAUAUGUUGCUGUGAUAUAUGUGAUAUAUUUAUCUCAUGCUUAUCUUGAAGCAAUUGACUGACAAAACAAAAUACUGUUUUUACACUGAUUGAUAUAUAUAUAUAUAUAUAUAUAUAUACCUCUACGUUGCAAAAAGUUGUUACAUCUUAUGUGAAAUCAGCUAGGAUGAUUCGAGUUGUUCAAUUCAGGCGUAUUUAAUGACGUUUGUGCCAUGAUGACUGCUCUUUUCUAUGACAUGAACUUGACAGAAGAAUGUCUUAAUUAAGUGGACUGCAAUGGAUGUUUUACUUAUUUUCAGGUGUUCAUAUUUUGCACCAGACACAUUCCUAUAAAUUUACUGAUUUAUUCCAUAAAAACACCUUAGCAAGUGAAAUUGUACACGUGUUUGUUUGAUUGUGAGUGAGAGUUCACUACUGUGCUUUUUAACCUGACGACACUGCAUUUUGUGAGUAGUCAUUCAUAUUGUAUAAUGUUUGCUUUCAGUUGUGAGCAUAUACAAUAUAUUUCUGUUCUUUUUACAGGGAAAAUGUAUGACUUGUGAAUAUUUUACUUCUUUUUAGCUGAGAUUGCUUUUAAAUACAUUUUGACAUGCUUAAAAGCAUCAUAAAGCAUUUUUGUCUGAAAACAAAGACUGUAUGAGCAUCUUAAUA